AUGGCUUUGUUGGUUGGCAAAGAUAUGGCAACAGGGAGUUUUGCCAGAACAUUUGCUGACAUAGAUUUGGAUGAUGAUAACCAAGAUUCAGUGCAUAUAGACUGGGACAAUGAAGAGACUAAAGAGCUUCUCAUGGAAGAAAAUCAAAGGCAACUUGUCUCCGAUGCUAUUGACUACAAGGGAAACCCUGCCGACAGAACCGCCUCUGGUGGUUGGGUGACAGCAACUCUUAUUCUGGUUGAGUUAUCUGAGAGACUUUCAACAAUGGCAAUUGUGUUGAACCUGGUAACAUAUUUAGUUGGCACAAUGCAUCUGUCUAGUUCUACUUCUUCAAAUAUCAGUACAAACCUUGGGGGCACAUCAUAUAUGCUAUGCUUGCUUGGAGGGAUUCUUGCAGAUACUUUCUUAACUCGAUAUCGAACCAUAGCCAUUUUUGCUGUGGUUAAUGCAAUGCGCUUACAACCUCGGCUAUAUGAUGAACUAGGGUACUUGCUUGUUAGCAGUCUCAACAGGGCUGCCGAAGCUGCGUCCACCGCCUUGUAA